CUUGGCGCUGCCGCCGACCGGCAACCGGAUGCCAACCUCAACCAAAGAUAUCCGACCGUCAUUGAGAUUCUUGCCCCGAAUGGCGCAGCUGCUUUCUCUGCUUGCGGCGCUGGUCGUCGCCAGCGUCGCCUUGGGCGCGGACCCUGUCGCGGACUCUGCCGCCGUCGUCCUUGCCGGCCACGCCCGCUUCACGGUGCUCACGGCGCAAGUCAUCCGCAUGGAGUGGAGCCUCACCAACAGCUUCCGGGACCGGGCGACGAUGGUUGUGACCAACCGACGCCUCGCCGUGCCGUCGUUCCACGUCGACCACGACGACGACGGCUGGCUCACGAUCACGACGUCGCAUCUUGCGCUCCACUACGAUCCGCGCUCGGCCACGUCGUUUGGCGACGGCAAUCUGCGCGUGACGGUGCUUUCUGUGGGUCACAAUAGCGCGACUUGGAUCCCUUCGUACUCCGACAAUGACACGAGUCGCUUGACCGGCACCAUUCGAACACUCGACAUGACCAACGGGUCGGUCAAUCUCGACUGCCACGCCGGUGGGCCCGACUACAUUGCCGACUCGCACUGCACGUACGGUGUCGGCAGCAAGCGAGGCUACGUCGUGCUCGAUGACUCGCUCAGCUACGAGCUCAGCAACGCCAGCUACCCGUGGCUCGUGCCCAAGGGCAGCGCGCCGUCGCCCGGGCAUGCGUGUGCGAUCAUUCCACCCAACGAGCGGCGCAUCUGCGGCGCCAACAUUGCUUCGGAAGACGAAUGCGUCGCCGUCGGCUGCUGCUUUGACGACGCGAACCCGCUCCCGCACGGCUUUGUGUGCUACUACAGCCCGCAGUCGUCCCAAGAUCUGUACUUUUUCGGGCAUGGUCGCCGGUUCAAGGACGCCUUGCGCGAGUUUACGGCGAUCGCCGGUCCCGUGCCGCUGCCGCCCCGGUAUGCGUUUGGAGUGUUCUACUCGCGUUGGUGGGCGUAUAGCGACGUCGAAGUCGAAGGACUCGCGGCCGACUACGCGUCGCGACACAUUCCGCUCGAUACAAUCGUCCUCGACAUGGACUGGCACCUCACGUUUUACAAAAACCACACGCUCGACCAAGCCCAGCAACCCAAAGGCUGGACCGGGCUCACGUGGAACAAGGAAUUAUUCCCGUCGCCCAAGUCAUUUUUGCAGCACUUGCACGCAGAGGGCCUUCGUGUGACGCUCAACUUGCAUCCGGCGUCCGGUGUCCAGCCGUGGGAAGAGUCGUACGCGGCUGUCGCGACCGCCAUGGGCAUCGAUCCGGCGACGAAGCGCUACGUGCCGUUUGAUUUGACCAAUCAGACGUUUGCGUCGGCGUGGCUCACGUUAAGUUUGCGCCCACAUGAAGUGAAUGGCGUCGACUUUUGGUGGCUCGACUGGCAGCAGGGCGAAGACUGGUUCGUCGCGCAUGACCAAGCCCGCGCGAGCUUGAGCCCGACGCUGUGGCUCAACCACGUUUUCUUUACAAACCCGUACCACUGGCCCCAGUCCAAGACGCGACCGCUGCUAUUGCAUCGGUUUGGCGGCCUCGGCAGCCACCGGUACCCCGUGGGCUUUUCGGGGGACGUCGAGGCAUCGUGGGCGUCGCUGGCCUUCCAACCGGCGUUCACGGCGUCGGCUGCCAACGUAGGUUUUGGCUACUGGAGCCACGACCUCGGCGGGUUCCUUCACGGAAGCGACCCCGAGCUCUACACGCGCUGGAUUCAGUGGGGGGUCUUUUCGCCGAUUUUUCGCACCCACUCGAUGAAGGAUGUCCAUGCUGAUCGCCGCAUCUGGAAAUUUCCAGAUCCAUUUUAUGGAAUCAUGCACGAAUUUAUGACCCUCCGACGACAACUCGUGCCCUACAUUUAUACGGCGGCGCGAGAGACGUUUACAUCGGGCGUCGGGCUCCUCCACGCGCUCUACCUCGAGUGGCCCGACCUCGAAGCGGCGUACGACCAUAGCGACCAGUACCUCUUUGGUUCGGCGUACUUGGUUGCGCCGAUAGUGGCGCCACUGAACCAGUCGACGCAGACCGCGACGCGCCAUGUCUGGGUCCCGCCCGGUCUCUGGUUCGACGAGACCUUUGGUGCACUUUACUCGGGUCCAGCCAAGUACACGGCGCAGUUUACGCUUGGCGAGAUGCCUCGGUUCCUUCGCGCUGGCAGUAUUGUGCCGCUCGACGGGUCGGACUCGGGUUCGAGCCUCGGCGCGGCCCAGCGUUUACCAGCUUUAUUGCGGCUCCUUGUUGUUGCCGGUGUUCCAUUUGGCUCGGGUGUGGUGUACGAAGAUGGCGGCGACUCGGACGCGUAUACGACCAACAACGAAUACGCAUUCACUGUGUUCAACUAUCGCAUGGAUGUGCCAAAUCUCGGCGUCAUUACUAUCGAGCCUGUCGCCGGGUUCUUUCCGACAAUGCCAACAGCGCGGUCGUAUGAGGUUGUGGUCCGCCAUGUCCGCCCGCCGAUGUCGGUGGCCGUCAACGGCAAGCUCCUCGGCAACGACGGUUCAGCAGUCGACCACUGGCACUACGAAGCAUCGACGCUGUCGCUGCACGUGCAACUGCAGACGCCACGUGACGUGACGCACCGUGUUCUGAUCGGACUGGUCUUUUCCAACGCGACAGAGGUCCCCUUGAACAACGUCGCGGGCCUUUUCACUCGACUGCAGCGCGCCAAGUCGCUUCUGGACGACGCCUACGUGCUGCAGGACGACGUGCCGGCGCUCGUUCAUGCAGCGCAGACGCCCCGCCGCAUCGAAUUCAACGUGUCGAGCUUCGCGUACGAGCUCCAACAGCUACCUACGCUCGUCCAAGCGAGUCGGGACCAAGUACAAGCACUCGCGAUUACGUCCGCGCUCAAAGCGCAGGUGCACGCCUUGCUGACGGUCCCGACCGUGACGCGUGACGAUGUGACGAUGGUAGCCUGAGCUUGUCUGCUGUGCCGAGUGCAGAGUUGACGUGAUAACGUACGAAAUGACUGUGUUCCGUGAA